UGGACGCAAGAAGGGCGGAAUCCAAGAUGAGUCGUCGAAUCAAGAAAACCUUGGCUAUAGUUAGGGCCGUGAAUAGAAAGGCAGUAAUCCCCCAAACCGUUGGGCGUUAAAAUCCCAAAGGCCUAUUAGUGCGAAUGGCGUUGCACUACGUAUGACCACGAGUGAGGAAAUGUGGGGGGUAAAAGCCUGCUUGCUGAGGUGCAUCUUCCUUCCGGUUUUCUCCAUUACUCGGACUCCGAGUCCAUCGCCUAACUUACCCCUCUCGUUCUUGUUCGCCGCUUGCGGCUUCAAAGGAUCAUAUAUACAAUCAAUUGACCAGUGAUCAGUGGCAAUGGCAACGCAGACGCACGCAAUCCCGCUCGCAGCCCGGCAGCCCAGGUCCGGACUCGGAUCUGACUUGGACUCGACCCGAGCGCCGCCGGCCCUGCCUCCGAUCCCGCGCAAGAAGCAAGCCGCAGUGCUCCUGUCCGCCUUUAUGACGAUAGCCCUCACCAUCGGCUACAACCAGUGCUACGGCGUGUUCCAGGAGUACUACCUCUCGGCCAGCCAGGACGUGCUAGAGCCGGCGCCGGCUUCACGGGUUUCGCCGCCGACGGCGCUGCUCGCCUUUGUCGGCACGCUGUGCUACGGGCUGACGUGGGCAGGCGGCAUCCUCGUGAAUCCCGUCAUAUCGCAGAUAGAGCACGGGACCUGGGACCCGGCCACUCCCUCGACCCACAGGCUGUGGCGCCGCAGGAUCCUGCGCAAGCUGCUGAGCCAGAGGACAAUCACCAUCUCUGGGGUGGUGCUGAUCGCGGCCGGCUUCGCGCUGGCGUCUCUCAGCACGUCCAUCUGGCAGCUGCUGCUCACGCAGGGCUUCCUCGUCGGCCUGGGCAUGUCGAUGCUGUACUUUCCGCUCCUGGCCCCCGCCCCAGAGUACUUUACGAACCACCGCGCCACGGCCAUGGGCUUUGCCGGCGGCGGCACCGGCGGUCUCAUCUUCUCACCCGUGAUCCGGGCGCUCCUCAGCUCCGUUGGAGGGCGCUGGACUCUCAGGAUCUACGCGGCCUUCAACCUCGUUGCGGGGCUACCAAUCGCCUGGGCUGUGCCCAAGAGCCGCUUUGCAGCCGCUUCGACCGCGGAAGGACCCGAGAGACGCAACACACACGUGUCCCGCGCGCUGGCCUCAAGAGCGACCUUUAUCUUCUCUGCCGUGGCCGCGUUUCUCCAGGCCGCCGGCGCCCAGCUGCCCCUCUCCUUCAUCCCGUCUUACACGGUAGUGCUCGGGCUCGACGCCUCCAAGGGCGCGACGCUCCUCGCGGCCAGCAACGCCAUCAACGCCGUGUCACGCAUCCUGACGGGGUACGCCGGCGACCGCUUCGGGCGGCAGAACACGCUGGUGUUGACGCUGCUCCUGGCGGCGACCAGCGUGUUUGCCUUUUGGCUCAGCAGCCUGCUGGCGACGACGUCGUCGGCCUCGCUCCCGCUCUGGCUGGCCUUCAUCGUGCUCUACAGCUUCUCCGCCGGCGGGUAUUACGGGCUGUUCCCGGCGCUGAUCGCCGAGGUCUUUGGCAUCCGGCAGUAUGCGGCCGUCAACGCCUUCAUCCUCUUGGUGCGGGGGCUGGGCACCAUGUUUGGGAGCCCAGUGGGCGGGCAGCUGCUGGGGACGUCAGACCAGAGCACGGCGGCGUAUGCUAGCAUCGCGUACUGGGACGGGGCCUUGUUGAUGGGGGCAACGGCCUGCUGCGUUGGGGUGCGGUGGGCCGAUGGAAAGGGCAGGGGAUGGAAGUGGAUUGCUUGAAGCCGGCGGACGGCGGAUGCGCAAGAUACACAACUCACAUGUACAACUCGUGUCAAUGU